CUUGAGUCCAGGCAGAGCUGCGUUAGGUAGGCCCGCCAGAGGCCCGGUCAGGCGAAGCAUAUAGGCUUACUCAGGUACCCUCCACCGCGGCAGACUGACUUGUUAACUAUCUGAUUUCAGCAAGGUAUGCUUGUAUGUGUAUUCAGAAAAGUGCCAGUCGCUAGGCGAGGAACUAUUUUGCCGUGUACAAUACAUGCACACAGGGUGGGACGCUAUUACCUCAACAAUUUUCAAGCUUUAUGAGGUCCGACACCUCCUGAAGUGCGAAACUGAGAAUCACUGCGAAGAUGCCUAAAAUUGCGUGCAUCGGUGUAAUUGGGAAAGCUGAUAAUCCAUUACAUGUAGCAUUGUUCCCUCCAUAUCUCAGUUCGACUGUCGAGUUCUCCUUCCUCGUAAACUCCUGCUUGGAUAUCAUUGAAUUACGACGCAGACAACUGUCCAUUGAUCAAGAUCUUGGCCUUUUGCAAGCCGUGGAUGAGAAAUUGGCGGCAUACGGAUGGCUCACUACUACUGGAGUGAAGCUGCUCGUCAUAGUUGACCUAGUUGGCCAACCAAAUAGUCCAAGCGAGCUCAGGGAGUCGUCAAGCGUUAUACUGAAGGAGCCAGACCUUAAAUCAGUAUUCCGGUCGCUUCAAGAUGCCUACGUACAACUACUGCAGAAUCCAUUCUAUGCCCCGGAUGAACGUGCCGACAUCUUCAAGCCUUCUGCCCAAGUAACAACUUUUCCUCAGAUUACAGACAGAAGAUUCGUCAAGGAGGUCAUACGAAUUGGUGAGUCAUGGGCAUGAUUUGGGUCUCCACAUUAAGGGCGAAAGGCCAGUGCGUCAUGGCAUUACCAUGAUCAGACAUCACAGACUAGCAUAGUCCGACAUACGUUUGAUCUUCACUUGGUGAUGGAUCUUUUCAAUUAAAGCACUACUGAACAUUACUGAGGUGCUUUGGGCCAGCGCCUCUGUUUUGCUAAAAUACCCGUUACUUAAAAGUCACUAGUGAGUGGAAGCUAAAGGUUUCGAGUCUAAGCAUGCCCAGGCCAUGCCCAGUAUUAGCUCAUAGCCUCCCGGUGAGGGGAGACGCAAGCUUGCUAAAAGGGCCCAAGGCUAAGAUAAGCCACAACCAUAGAGUAUGGUUUUCUGCGCGAUGACAAGAGGGGAGAACUAGAGCCAGCUUGCCCUAGUUUUUAGUCACCAGUCUCUGCAAGUCACUUAGAAUAUCCUGAAGCUCCUGAG